UGAUACCAAUGAACAACACGACCUCCGACUGGGCACAAAAUGAGGCCGUGCUCUCCUUCAACGUAGCCGAGCUUUUCUUGGAGCUCCUCUUUGCCUUGGUCUUCUCGGAGCUGACCUACUUCAUCCUUCGUCGCAAUCGCUUUCUUCACGGCGGAGUGUUCAUCAUCCUAGUUCGUCAGCGCCAGCACCAGCGUCAAUUCCACCUGGUGCGCGUUGUGCGUCCAGGAAAUGGUAGGUUCCAGGGACCAGAUAAUGUGAGAAUUCAGGGAGCAGAGCGCUUCUAGAUGGAGACCCAAGGCCGGAGGUACAAUGAGAAAGAAAGCCUUGCGAGAGGAGAGAUGUCGAUGAAGAGAGAAUACCGAGGAGAGGCGUCUUGAUCUGGAGAUAAAUGCAAUUAAUCUAUUGCUUGCUUUCAAGGAUAGUUAGUACUUUAGGCUACUCUGGUGGAGAAGAUCAUACCAAUACUUUUAUGUAUCUUGCUCCUCUCCUAUUAUUAC